AUGGAAAAUACAGAGCUCAUCUUCAUCCCAACACCAACUGUUGGUCAUCUUGUUUCGUUUCUUGAGUUCGCUACGCGUCUCAUUGACCAGGAUGAUAGGAUCCGUGUCACCAUCAUCUUGAUGAAGCUACAAGGUCAGUCUCAUCUGGAUACCUAUGUUAAUUCAAUCGCCUCGUCUCAGCCCUUUGUUAGAUUCAUUGAUGUCCCUGAACUCGUAGAGAAACCAGCACUUGGUAGUACUCAGUCUGUGGAAGCCUUUGUAUAA